AUGAAUCUCAUCGUGGGCCUAGCCACCGGCGUUGGAUGCGCGCUCGUGUUGAUGGGCAUCGCGUACAUGGUGCGCCAGAAAAAGCAGCAACGCCGACGAGACGGCCGACGGCGCGCCAAUAUAUUUGACGAUGACGUGGUCGUGGUGAUGGAAAGCAAGGAGCAGAGGCAGCAGGACGCUGUGCUUGUGGGGGGUCCCAAAUGA